AUGGCACCGGCCCAAGAGAAGCUCAAAAGCGACGACGAGUUGCCCGACCUCGAGAGCGUCGUCGACAUGACUACAUUCAGCCAGAUUCUGGAGAUGGACGACCCGGAUGACCACAGCUUCAGCUCGUCCAUCGUCUUUGAUUUCUUCGACCAGGCCGAACAAACAUUCACAGAGAUGGACGACGCACUGGACGCCAAGGAUCUGUACGAGCUGUCCGCCAGGGGCCACUUCCUCAAGGGCUCUUCAGCAACACUGGGCCUCGUCAAGGUGCGCGAUGGGUGCGAGAAGAUUCAGCGCUACGGGAAAAAGGAAAACGUGGAUGGCACUCCAGAGCCCGACGAGGCUCUGUGCCUGAGUCGCAUCGAGGACGUCAUCAAGGUCGUCAAGGACGAUAUAUCCGACGCGCGUCGGGUUCUCACCAGCUACUACGACAAGAAGGAGAAGGAAGACGCAUAG